AUGACUUUUAACCCUCAAGUCCUGGUAUCUAUCAAUUUCUGCAGUUCUAAAGAUCAGGAUUCCACUGCAAUGAUUUUGUGGAUCAACUAUUUCUGGAUCAUCUUGGCUGUGGCCAUCAUUGUCGUCUCCUUGGUCCUAGGCCUCAUCCUAUACUUUGUCUGUCGGUGCCAGCUCAGGCAAGGCAAGAAAUGGAAAAUUUCCAAGUCCAUGAAACAAAUCCAUGGAGAUGAAGAAGAGAAGAUGUAUGAGAAUGUUAUUAAUCAAUCACCAGAUCAGUUACCCCCUCUGCCACCCAGAGAUUUGCAUUUUCUAGGAGAUUCUUCCCUACAGGAAAUCCCAGCUCAGUCACCACCUAUGUAUUCAUCGGUGAAUAAAGUUAGAAACAAGAAGCCCGUUUCCAGCCUGGGCUACACCGAGCCUGAAGAUGAUUAUGAUGAUGUUGAAAUACCUGCAAAUACAGAAAGCCAUCAUUUUAAAACAACCAUGUCUUCUUUUUGACAAGAGGAAGAGGGUUCACACAGAUUAUUUUAAAGUGAUCAAGAAUGGUUGAACUUGAAUAGGUCCCUGGGUCCUGAAAGCCAGUUGUUAUUUAAUGAAGCUCUAUAAGAAAAGCACUUCCUGAGCCUUAGAUGAAGCUGCCUCAGGGAUUGGAUAUAGCAGCCAGAGGAAAGACACGAUGCUUGGUCCUGAGAAUCAAGAGAGGUCAGCCUUUGUGCUUCUGUCGGGGAAGUAUUCAUGGGGUGCACCACUGGGCUCCAAUCUCACACCUCUGACAAAUGUCUCAUUUCUCAACAUUCUCCUUUUGUUCUCUUGAUUUAUGCAGUUCUCAGUGAUUUUAUGUCUUGGUAUUUGAUUGUACAGAGUUUCCCAGGCUCCAAUCCCCGGGUAAGCCCUCGCAAACCAUUCAAGUAUUCCUUCCACCCCACCCACCCUGCACUGAGAGGCUGUGGGUGGUUGUUACAGCCAAGCACCCUUGUACAGAAGUCACCGCUUCUCACUUUACAAGUUUUACAGUGCAGAGAGUGCACUGUAUUUUUGAGAAACCUCGCCACCUAUACACACCACACCCCAAGCCCCCAUGUCUUUAUAUGAUUUAGGGCCCUCACCAUAGAGAAUCAAGUUCUUACCUAGGUGUUUUCCUGUGCUCACAGGUAGCCUUAGAACAAUCAACCAAAGACAGAAGCUAUCUUCUCAUUUACAACUAGAGGUGUCAUUUUGCAACAGGUGUGCUGAGGGUGCUACAGGAAAAUUAGGUCCUCCCAAGAAAAAUCAUGGGUCCACAUCACUAAACAAUGGCAUAUUCAAGAUAAGAGUUCAGGGGACUUAAAACUCCCAUCCAUAAUUUACUUAUUUUUUUUUCUGGUACUGGAGAUUGAACCCAUGGGUGCUCUAUCACUGAGCUACA